AUGAUAAUUACCUGUGGGUAUUUGACGCCCCCCGCGCUGCACCCCGACGAGGUGGCCGCGCGGCUGCAGCGGAUGCGGCGGGAACUGAGCAACCGCAGGAAAAUCCUGGUGAAAAACCUGCCCCCAGACAGCGGCUGCCAGGAAGUUCAUGAUUUAUUAAAAGACUAUGAGUUGAAGUAUUGCUAUGUUGACAGAAAUAAACGAACGGCUUUUGUUACCUUACUGAAUGGGGAACAAGCCCAGAAUGCAAUCCAGAUGUUUCAUCAAUAUUCUUUUCGAGGCAAAGACUUAAUAGUCCAGCUCCAGCCUACAGAUGCAUUACUGUGUAUUACCAACCUGCCCAUUUCUUUUACGUUAGAAGAGUUUGAAGAACUUGUUCGUGCUUAUGGAAAUAUCGAGAGAUGUUUUUUAGUCUACAGUGAAGUAACUGGCCAUUCCAAAGGCUAUGGCUUUGUGGAGUACAUGAAAAAAGACUUUGCUGCAAAGGCUAGAUUGGAACUGCUCGGCAAACAGCUGGGAGAAUCCACACUCUUUGCACAGUGGAUGGAUGUUAAUCUUUUGGCCUCAGAGCUCAUUCAUUCUAAGUGCCUUUGUAUAGAUAAACUCCCUAGCGACUACAGGGAUUCAGAGGAGCUGUUGCAACUUUGUUCCAGUAUCCAUAAACCUAUAUUUUGCCAGCUUGCCCAGGAUGAAGGUAGUUACGUCGGUGGCUUUGCAGUGGCUGAGUAUCACUCUGCAGAGCAGGCUGAGGAAGCCCAGCAAGUGGCAGAUGGCAUGACCGUCAGCGGGGGCAGAGUCCAGGUGUCCUUCUGUGCCCCAGGAGCGCCAGGGCGAAGCACCUUAGCAGCACUGAUAGCGGCCCAGCGGGUGACACACAGUAAUCAAAAGGGAUUACUUCCAGAGCCUAAUCCUGUACAAAUUAUGAGAAGUUUAAACAACCCCGCCAUGUUACAAGUUCUUCUGCAGCCGCAGCUAUGUGGACGAGCCGUCAAACCAGCAGUCCUGGGAACACCUCACAGCCUGUCCCACCUGGUAAACCCCUCCGUCUCCCCUGCGUUUUUGCACCUGAGUAAAGCACAUCAGAGCUCAGUUAUGGGCAGUACUUCUAACAUAUUCCUUCAGAAUCUGACUCACAUAUCUCUGGCACAACAACAAUUAAUGAAGUUUGAGAAUAUCCCUACAAAUAAUAAGCCUGGCUUACUCGGAGAGCCCCCGAUUAUGGUCCUGCCCAGCACUCUAGGGCUGGGGCCUGCACUUCCUCUGAAGGCAGAGCUGGCACAUCAUGGAGAGGCACGCAAAACAUCUACUCUGGUUCCAGCGCAGACAGCGGUGGCGGCUGGCAUGGGCAUGUUGCCCUUCUUCCCGGCUCAGCACAGUGUUGGACAGGCUGGGCCAGGGCCUGGCGCUACUCAGGAGAAACAGCCAGCCACGGUGGGAACAGCAGAUGGCAAUUUCUCAGUGUCACAGCCUUAUCUUCAGAGCUUCCCAAGCCUCACUGCUGGAGGCCUGCUGCCCGGACACCAGAAGCAACAGAGCCAACCAAAAGGCACAGAGAUAAAUCCAGAGACUGCUGCUAAGACCCAGACUUCGCUCCUGGGGGAACCUCCAAAAGAAGUCCGGCUCAGUAAAAAUCCGUAUCUGAACCUGGCGAGUGUGCUCCCCAGCGUGUGCUUACCGUCCGCUGCAAGUAAAACCUCCCUUCCUAAGACUGGAAUCGCACACAGCAUUCUGGAUGCAAUCUCUCAGGGAAGUGAGUCUCAGCAUGCGCUGGAGAAGGGCAUUGCCUCUUCCCCACCUUUCGGUGAUUAUGCACAGAUGUCUUCUUUGAGAAAUGAGAAGCGAGGCUCGGCCUAUCUCAUCUCAGCCCCUGGCGGCAGUGCAGUGGAAUUCGUUGGCCAGCAUUCUCAGGGCACUGGAGCUUAUUGCUUGGAAACCUACUUAAAAAAGAAGCGAGUGUGCUAAGCACCGCCUUCUCCCGUCACCUCCUGCGGCUCUCUGCAGCACCGCGCUGUUCAUCACUGCCUUAAC